AUGGCAACUAGCGCUCCUACACCAGAGCAGGCUGUCCUCUACGAGAAACGCGGCAAGAUCGCGAUCAUCACCUUGAACCUGGAGAAGAAGCUCAAUGCUCUGACACAAGAGUACUACUUCCGCAUUGCGAAGCUCCUCAAUGAGAUUGCGAAGGACAACAGCGUAUACAUCACGGUAUUGACUGCGAAGGGGAGGUUCUUCUCCGCAGGUGCUGAUGUAGGCAUUUCGCGUGCUGCCGCACCAGGCGUGGACCCAUACAAGCAAUGGCUCGGCAGCUUCGUCGCCAACAACCUCAACACCACUCGCGCCUUUUACACUCACCCCAAGAUCCUGGUCGCGGCGCUUAAUGGUCCAGCAGUCGGUCUUUCGGCUGCACUCCUCGGCUUUGCGGACUUCAUCUACGCCGCACCGCAUACCUUCCUCUUGACCCCGUUCAGCAGUCUCGGUCUCGUUGCAGAGGGUCUGGCAAGCAGGAGCUUUGUGCAGAGACUGGGCGUGGCCAAAGCGAACGAGGCGCUGAUCAUGUCAAAGAGGAUCACUUGCCCCGAGCUCGUGCAAUGUGGGUUCGUGAACAAGGUGUUCGAUACCAAGCCAAAUGAAAGCGAUAAGUUCUUGGAACUGGUGUUGAAGGAAGUUGAAGACAGGAUGGGCGAUCAUCUCGUUCCGGACAGUAUGACCAAGAUCAAGGAGUUGAUCCGCAGGCCGGAGAGAGAUAUCCUGGAUGCACAGGGUGUGGCUGAGGUGUUUGGAGGCUUGGACAGGUUCUUGUCGGGUGUGCCUCAGGAGGAGUUCAGGAAGAUUGGGAGUGGUGAGAAGAAGCAUAAGCUGUAG